CUUCUCCCACGUGACCGCCGCACGUUACACCUGCAGUUAGCCUCCAUACAUGCCGGUGAGUUUGUCAAAUUCAACGCUUUUAAACGUAUUUUAAUUUUGUGUCAGUAAUUUAAACAGUUAAUAUCAGAAAUAUAAGUUGUUGUCGUAAUUUUAUAUAUCUGAGCGAGCGUUUUUAAUGGAGCAGCUAGCAUGUUAGCUUUCAGCCUGAACUACAUUAAAAUAAGUUGCAGUUUAGAAGUUUUUGACUUUUUAGUAAGCAGACAAACCUGAUUUAACCAAAUUUAGAUAUUUUUUCAAAUCUUUAUGCUUCCGUGGAUACUUCGGCUAACUUUUGAUUAUUUUUACACGAUUAAAUUUUCGCACAGCCUCUUAAAUUGUAGUUUCUUCCACACUAGAUUGUCAUUUAGACCUGUUGGAGUUACGGGAUAUUUAAAAGUAACUGAAGUAGAUAAAAAAGGGACAGUUUGGUCCACGUUGAACCAACUCUGAAUUAUAAACAGAUUUAAUGUUAAGUUUAAUUUCCCUGUGUUUCAUUAAAGCUGUAAAGUCUGCUCUUUGGCUUAAACUCAGACCGCAUUAAAUCGGCAGAUUUUCGACAGGAGUUUGGUGGGAUGUUCUCUUCAAGUUUAUCGCUGAGAAACGGACCCAGGACAGCUGGAUAUCACUGACCCAGCUCUGAAUGUAGACACCUCUGUGACUGUUGUCUCCUCUGGGUGGUAAACAGGAGGACUAAUCCGCCAUCAUGGCCUCAAACCGGCUGAGCUUCAGGAACAUUACCGCCCUGGCUCCGAUGGUCCGGGUCGGGACUCUGCCCAUGAGGCUGCUGGCUCUGGACUACGGAGCUGAUGUGGUUUACUGUGAGGUGAGGGUGGAUGGAGACUUCAGCAGGACUUUAAAUCCUGAAUAAUAAAAGUGUUUAUAUAUGUAUCUGUGCUGUGUGUUUCAGGAGCUGAUUGACAUAAAGAUGGCGCAGUGUCAGAGGGUGGUCAACGGUGAGUCUUUACUGUUUAACUUUAAUUAUUUAACCAGGUAAGAACUCAUGACCUGGCCAAGAGGUCGACAGCACACAUCACAAUAAUCAAUAAUAAUUAUAAUAAUAAAGAAGAAUAAAAUGACCUCCAGAAACAGAAUUAAAAACACAAACACUGCUCCAGGGUCUCCCAAAGUCGGUCAUCUAAGAUUCAAUGAAAUGAUUCCAGCGAGAUUAUUCCGACAAUUUCAGGUCAGUCUGGAGAGAAUUCCACUCUGAAACUGAAAAACACUUUCCUGUCCAGUUCAGUUCAGAUUCAUGGAACAAUCAAACGGACGGUUUUGUUUGAGCGCAGGAUGUCGUGGCUUUCAGAUCACAUAAAUAAGAAGAAGCUGAGCCAAGAAGAACCUCAGAAAUUAGUGAGUUGACCUGUGAGUUCUCAGAGAAGGACAGACAGACUUGGCGUAAAGUUGGCAAUGAUGCGUUAGACGACAACAACCAGUAAGAAAUCUCAGUGUACAGUGAUGGACAGGAGUUAAAGGUGGUUUUUGUGGUGUAUAGAUAAAAACUCUUUAAAUACCAGUCAAUAGUUAUUAGUUAUUGAUGACAUUUGGUAAUAUAUCGAUAUCUCUGUGUUCUCUUAUGUCUGUGUCGUCAACAUUUGAACAUUUUUGAGCGGUCCGCUCUUUCUGACUGUAAACAAAGCCGUUCUCCACCUUUAAAAGAAAGAACCUUAAAAUCGACUCUAAAAGUCACAGGUAACCAACGCAGAGAUUUUAAAUUCGGUGUGAUCUGGGCUCUCUUCCUGGUCUUCGUCAGCAUGUGAGCAGCUGAGAAGAGAGCGCUGCAGAAGUCAAUUCUACAGGUGAUAAAAUAAUAUGAAAUAACAGACGAGUGUCUCUGACUUUAGAGCCUGCAGCCUCUCUCCUCAUUCACUCUGUCCCUCUGCUUAACUAACACACACCUGCAGGCUCAUGUCCUGUGUAGAUCUGUGUUUCCUGCUCUAGAUUCACACUCUCUCACCUGUUUUUCCUCUCAGAGGUGCUGCAGACGGUGGAUUUCGUCGCCCCAGAUGAUCGAGUGAUGUUCAGGACCUGUGAGAGGGAGAGGGGCCGAGUCGUCUUCCAGAUGGUGCGACAGAAAACCUUUUAGACCCUUUUAAAGAUGAUGAUGUAUUUUUUUUUUUACAGAUGUCUGUUGUAGAUAAACUCUAAAGUCUCUUUUUGGGUUUCAGGGGACUGCUGAUCCAGACCGAGCUCUGACUGUGGCCCAGCUGGUGUGAGUAACAGGACCACAAAACUAAAACCUGAAAUCUGAGCAGUUUGAUCCACAGCAGAUUAAACAACAGCGGACGCAUUUAUAACUAGUUUUUUAACUGCUAAGUAUAAAUUAUAAAUCUAACAACAACAACAGCUUUACGUCUGCUGAGGUCCACGUCAUGAAACAGUCACGUUUGUUUUAGUCUUAGGGUUUAGGAUCUAAAUUCAGGGUUGAAUUGAUCAGCUGCUGCCUCUGGAGUUUUCAGAUCACAGUUUUAAUGAGAACUUCAUCAUCGUCUUCAUCUUUAUGAAAUUGAUCAAUUUGCUCAUAAAAUGGGUUAGACAAAAAACGCGUCUGCAGCCGUAACAUUAGAUAAUGUCCCUUAAAUGAAAAUAUUCUUAUUUUUUUUUUACAUGUCGUUAUUUUCAGGGUUGUUUCUCUAUCGAUCGCUCACCUUAUUGAUUUUUUCUUAAUUUUUAUUUAUUAUCAUUUUAUCUUGAUGACACUCUGUAUCUGUUCUAACAGGCUCAUAUUACUUUAUAUAAUCAAUAUAACCACACUCACCCUCGUUAGGACCAUCUUCAAAUCAAUCAGAACUACAAUUCUUGAUCAUAUUAAAGAGGUUAAUGUCCUUUAACAUUCACACAAUUUACAGAUCAGACUUCAAAUCUGUAGUUCUGACCUUUUGCCAGCAGGUGGCGCCAUUUACCUGUUUUAGUCUGUGACUCUAAUCAGAGUAUUUAAUGAAGAAAGUUUUUAAGUUUAUGAAGACGACUGAAGACAAAUGACUGAUCCACUGAAAGAAGAAAACUGUUUGAACACAAAAUGAUUUUUUCUCCUUUUCUUGGAUAAAUUUGGACAUUUUUUCAAUGAAAUUUAAAAACAAUAAAUAAAUAAAGUUUAUGUCACAGACUGUGUCACUCUGAAAAUAAAAAAUCUAAAAUAUUAUUUUUUCAAAGAUUUAUCAUCGGCAUCAUGUGAACAAACAGGAACAUAAAGGGUUUUUUAUUAUUAUUUAUUAUUAUUUAUAUUUAUUUAUGAAUCUGUAUCCUGAAUCAAACCUUCUUCUGUUAAUAUUCCAGAUUAAAUACAGUCAUUAAUGAGCCAUCAGGUAUCCCAUGAUCCUUUGCUGAACCUCGUUUCAUUUUCAUUUUAUUAAUUUUUUUCGAACAUGUGCGUGCAGUAAGAAUAUUCAAAACAACAAUAAUAAUAAUCAAAGCAAAAAAGUUAAAAUAAAAUAAAAAAAUGAAAAACUAAUAAUAAAAAUAAUGUGAACCCAACACGUCUGAAAAGGAGGAGAAUUAUGAAGCAUUAUGCUUUUUUUUAAACCUACCCCUUCUCCUUUACUCAAUAAACAGUCGGUCUUUAGAAAAAUUAAAUUAUUUUAACAAAAAAAUAAAAUAUAAAUAGAAUAAAUAAGUUCAUUAAUCCUUUGAGAAAACAGCCGAUAGUUAAAGCUCCUCUUCUUCCUCCCUGUUCCUGCUGAGAACCGUGUUUUUGUCUAUCAGGCAGAAGGACGUCGCUGCGGUCGACGUGAACAUGGGCUGUCCUAAAGAAUACUCCACCAAGGUGAGUUUUCCCUCACUGACCACCUGCUGCUCUGACCUUUGACCUCUGUCUGACCUCUCCUGCUGACCUCUUACAGGGCGGGAUGGGAGCUGCUCUUCUGUCGAACCCGGACAGGAUUGAGGCGGUGAGUGUUUCAGUUUCUUUGUUUCUUAGUGAAGGAUAAAAUAAAUCUAAAGUGUAAAAAAAAGUCCGCUCCUGUCUGUUUGUCUUUUGUCUGAUUUGUUGACGAUGUUUCUCUUGAGAUCACAGAUUAAAGCUCCUCUGCAGUUUUCAGUCUCCUAACGAGAACUUUGGUUCGUCUCUUUUCUCUCCCUGUAGAUCCUGAAGAAGCUGGUCUCAGGACUCGACAUCCCGGUCACCUGCAAAAUCCGAAUCCUGCCCUCGGUGAGAUUAUCCGUCUCUAAGGACGUCUGACACAUGAGGCCGUAAAUCGAAUAUUUCAAUCUGGUUUCAGUUGGAGGUCCUUUAAAAUCUUUAAUCGUUCAUAAUUACAGGAGAAUAACGGGAAUAAUCCAGGGUUUAUUUAGACCCUUCAGGAGGAUUUAUGGGUCAGAUUUACGAGCCGUCUUCAAACAUCAGCUGGGACUAACUUCUGUCUCUGUAGGUGGAGGAGACCAUCAGUCUGGUUCAGAGGAUCGAGAGGACGGGCGUGUCUGCGAUCGCCGUUCACGGCAGGUAAACAGCAGCUCAGAUCUGUAAUCUCACCUUUUCUCGAUCCGAUGUUCCAGUUUUGUGAUUUAAAGGAUCGUGUCUGUGUUUCCACGCUCUCCUGAAAGUUUCCUCGUUUGUUUUUGGCGCUCAGGUUUAAAGACGAGCGUCCCAGACACCCCGUCCACUGUGACUACAUCCAGGCCGUCGCUCAGACCGUUUCCAUCCCCGUCAUCGCGAAGUGAGACCCCAAAAUAAAACCGAACACUGACCUGUGUUUUCAGUAAAUCUGAUCCUUCUGUGUUUCCUCUGAUUUCUACAUAACUCUGUUCGUUCCUCGUCUUCCUCUCUCGUAGCGGCGGCUCCUCUGACCCGGUGAAAACAAACGCCGACAUUGAGGAGUUCAGGAAGGCCACGGGCGCCUCGUCCGUCAUGUUGGCCCGCGCCGCCAUGUGGAACGCCUCCGUGUUCGCCAAGCAGGGACCUCAUCCUGUGGAGAAAGUGAUGGAGGAGUAUCUGAAAUACGUGCGUCUCUGAACCCUCCCUGAGUUUUCGGUUUCUUCUCCUCGUCUGUUGAAGGUUUUUGGUCGUUUCUGAUCAUUCAUGGUCGUCUGGUUUCUCCUCAGGCGAUCCGGUACGACAACAACGCCUUCAACACCAAGUACUGUCUGUGUCAGAUGCUGAGGGAUAAGGUGGAGUCUCCUCUGGGGAAGAAGGUGCAGGCGGCUCAGACCAACGCCGAGAUCAGGUACUGGACUUCCCUGCAGCUACAGCGUCACACUCCUGAGGACGGUUUCUCAUGGCGUCUUUGUCUGCGUUUCAGCGAGGCGUACGGCCUGCAGGAGUUCUACCAGCAGAUCCAGGACCAGCUGCAGACCAGGAGGGACGCCCUGCAGAGCAGCAGCCUGCCAGACCGACCCGUGAUGGAGGGAGACGUCACGACCAUGGCGGUGAAGUUUGAGCGGUCGGUCAUCAGGCUGAAAAAACAGAAUCUGACGUUGUCUGAGAUUUUCCCCAGAUGACUGAUCUGGACCUGGUCUGUGGUUUCAGGAGGGAGUACCCGCCUCAGAUCACCCCCAAGAUGUUCCUGCUGGAGUGGAGCCGCAGAGAGAAGCUGGAACAGCCGCUCUAUGAGAUCGUAAGAGACGCCGAGUCAAAGACGUUAAUCCGUCAAUCAGUUAAUAUUAACCACAAAUUUUCACCACAUCCGGAAUAGCGGCGAUUUCCACCGUCCGCCAAUUCUGACCAGAUCCGUUUGUGAGGCGAAUUUCGUGACGGAUUACAGACAGCAGGAAUCACAAGAACUCAGAAGAACCUGCAGAUUCACGUUCAAUCUCACGAUAACGAGUUGUCUCUCUAAAGACAGACACAUAGACAUAUAAGCAGUAGAUUGUGUCCUUCCAGAGGAGGAAAUCUACUUCUAGACUUCUAGAAUCAGCAUCUCCUCAUCCAUGGUGUCAUCGGGGUGAAAUGACGUCUAAAAACCUUUCACUUGUUCGUCUCCGUCUCUUAUUUUGAAAAGAAGCCGGAUGUUUUAUUUUGUGUCUGUGCCCGACUUCCUUUCCAGCACGGGUUCAUCUGUGCUGAAUUUAUCCGCCAUGCUCCGGCGUCCAGAAAAAAUAGAACUCUUGUGAUCAGCUGAGGAGUCCGGCGAUCCGCAGAGGAACGGAAAGAAGUCGGUGUAAAUUGACACGUUAACUUGAAUGUUUACGAUCAGCUACGAUCGGAGGAUACGACCUUUUAGGAGACGAUCAGGAUGAAGGUGGAGAUUGAGGGUAAUGAGUGACAAGGCGUUAAUCUAAUCAAUAACACAAAAUGUUUGACUUUUUCCGACGAGUCAAAAAUAUUUCCUGAACUUUUUUUCUUAUUUUCACGAGGCCGUUUUUCAAGGCACCUGGAAGAAAGGAAUCGUUAAGCUAAAAUGUUAAUGAUGUCAAUGGAUUGAACCAUUUGGAACCGGCUCUCAACAAGAACCGGUUCUCGAUUCUCAUCCCCAUUAAAGUCUGAGUUGUUUUCAGGUGCAGCGCUCUCAGGAUCGAGCGUUUCAGGCCACCGUCACCGUAGCAGACAAGAAGUACAGAUCCUCACUGUGGUCAGUACACACACACACACACACACACACACACUUGUUCACCUUCACUCACCUGAAAAUUUCUGGAAACUUACAGGAGUUUGAAAGUGGAGUUUAGAGUUUAAUUAAGUGUCUGAUAGAAAAGAGUCAAAUCCUCCUCGUUUGAUUCGCCUGUUCUCUCUCAUCCGUCCUGAAUUUUCCUGACUUUUACCUGCUGCGUCACACCUGCAGCUCACCUGAAGGAUGUCAGGAUAUUUUGGGUAGUUGACAGUAUAUCGUUAAAGUCGGCGCUCGAGGCUUGAAUGUCGUUUUUGUUUUCCAGGGAGAAGUCGAAGAAGUUUGCCGAACAAGCUGCCGCCAUCGUCUGCCUCAGAGUCCUGGGAAUACCUGAAGGUCGUAUCGGCGAGGAAGACUCCGGCCUCGUCUGUAAGAGGAAGAGAGAGAGGAAGCUCAACGGCACCACCGAAGAAGAAGAAACAGAAGGGAGUAAGAAACGACACGUGGUGGAUAUAAAACGGAGAGCUAACGGGGACGAUCAUGAAGCAGACGCUCCUCCAGAACAAACUUAGAGUUGGUGAAGCGAGUGUCAGGACGCAGAGAAACGUGUUUUUAAGUUUGAUGAGACUCUCCUGAGACUGAACGUUCACGUGGAGAAACAGAACAGAUCCACUUUUUCUGUUUGGACAUUUCUGAUCGUCAAAAAAGAGUUUCUGAAACUCAAACCGAAGCUGCUCGACUCGCCGUCUUUACGUUCUUCAACUUUGACCCCUCAGUAAAACCUGAAUUUACCUCCUCCUCCUCAGACUGGGGUCUUCUGUGCGAACAUCUCGUCUUCCACGAACAAAAACUUUUCACCCCGCUGACUCGACACAUUCAGGUCAGAGUUUUUGUCUUGACCUCUGUGCCUUCAGGAACUUUUUCUAUGAUUUUGAGACGGACUGAAGAGACGCGUCAUUGGCCUUAUUUUUGCAGAUUAAGACAGGUUUGGAAUUCUGGAAAUUUUGGGACAAAGCACCUAAAAAUAUUGGGGAUGAGGUUCAGACAUUUUCAGGUGUCGUUAGCCCUCCGUGGUCUUUUGGGUUAUCAUCCGUCUGAUGAUAAAAACAUCAUCGCUUCUUCUUUCUUUGAAUUUUCCUGAAUUUUUCCUGCUGCGUUUUCACAUCGGCUCAUUUCGACUUCUUGUGGAAAUUUCUCUCUUGGGUUUGGAAAGUUCUCUUGUAAAUUCAGGACGGAAACUUCAGUUUGCAUGCGCGAGAGCUGAUCCCAGAAAGUUUCAGGAAUUUUUUUGUAUGAUUUUGAGACGGACUGAAGAGACACAUCAUUGGCCUUAUUUUUGCAGAUUAAGACAGAUUCACAUUUCUGGAAAUCUGGGGACAAAGCACCUAAAAAUAUCGGGGAUGAGGUUCAGACAUUUUCAGGGAAAAUUUGGGAUCUUUGUAGGAGCUCUUCCUCCCCUUUUUUUGUUUUAGAUUUUCACACGUCCCUCAACAUCGCAGCCUUCCCCAGAAAGCGAAACGAUGACCUCCUCUGACCUCGGGUGUCAUUACGCAUCCUCGGUCUUUUUGGUUAAAACAUCAUCACUUCUUCUUUCUUUUGAAUUUUCCUGAGUUUUUCCUGCUGCGUUUUCACAUCAGCUCAUUUCGACUUCUUGUGGAAAUUUCUCUCUUUGAAUUGGAAAAUUUUCCUGUAAAUUCAGGACGGAAACUUCAGUUUGCAAGCGCGAGAGCUGAACCUGAAUAUUUUCAGGAUUUUUUUUGUAUAAUUUUGAGACGGACUGAAGACACAUCAUUGGCCUUAUUUUUGCAGAUUAAGACAGGUUCACAUUUCUGGAAAUUUGGGGACAAAGCACCUAAAAAUAUCGGGGAUGAGGUUCAGACAUUUUCAGAGAAAAUUUGGGAUCUUUGUAGGAGCUCUUCCUCCCCUUUUUUUGUUUUAGAUUUUCACACGUCCCUCAACAUCACAGCCUUCCCCAGAAAGCGACACGAUGACCUCCUCUGACCUCGGGUGUCAUUACCCAUCCUCGGUCUUUUUGGUAAAAACGUCAUCGCUUCGUCUUUCUUUGAAUUUUCCUGAAUUUUUCCUGCUGCGUUUUUACAUCGGCUCAUUUUUACCUCAUGUGGAAAUUUCUCUCUUGGAAUUUGAAGUUUCUGUCCUGAAUUUACAGGAAAAUUUUCCGUCUGCAUGCACGAGAGCUGAUCCUGGAAAGUUUUUGUGCAUGUGUGAAUGCUGGAUUAUUGAGUUUACUGUCAUUUUUAUGACGUCUGAAUACAGAGAAGUGAAAAACGC